ACCAACUACCUUCAGUGCUCACAUUUAAUCCCCCCACCACCCUACUCCGCCGCCGGCCCCUCUACCACCACCAUAAAUACACCACUCUCUCAUCUCAACAAUCAUCCACCCCACCACAUUAUUUCAAUCACCAAAAUCCCUUUAUCGAGAAAAAAAUCGAUGAAUAUGGCGAGGGAGCAUGACUUGCUGUCGACGGAAAUCGUGAACCGCGGCAUCGAGUCGACGGGGCCGGAUGCGGGGUCGAUGACGUUCUCGGUGAGGGUGCGGCGGAGGCUGCCGGAGUUUGUGAAUUCGGUGAACCUCAAGUAUGUGAGGCUGGGGUAUCACUACUUGAUCAAUCACGGGGUGUAUUUGGCGACGGUGCCGGCGCUGGUGUUGGUGUUUGGGGCGGAGGUGGGGAGCCUGAGCAGGGAGGAGAUGUGGCGGAGGGUCUGGGACAGCACCGCCGGGUAUGAUCUCGCCACCGUCGUCGCUUUCGUGGCUCUGUUUGUCUUCACGGUGUCAGUUUACUUCCUCUCGCUGCCGCGUUCCAUUUAUCUUGUUGAUUUUGCUUGCUACAAACCAAACGAUGAUUACAAGGUAACAAAAGAUGAAUUCAUCGAGCUAGCUCGAAAAUCCGGCAAAUUCGACGAAGCAAGCCUCGAAUUCCAGAAGCGGAUCCUCAACUCGUCGGGCCUCGGAGACGAGACCUACGUCCCGAAAUCCAUCGGGUCGCCGGAGAACACAGCCACCAUGAAGGAGGGGCGCGCGGAGGCGUCCAACGUGAUCUUCGGCGCCCUGGACGAGCUCUUCGAGAAGACACGCCUACGCCCCAAGGACGUAGGCGUGCUGGUGCUCAACUGCAGCCUCUUCAACCCGACGCCGUCGCUCUCGGCCAUGAUCAUCAACCACUACAAGAUGCGCGGCAACAUCCUCAGCUUCAACCUCGGCGGCAUGGGCUGCAGCGCCGGCCUCAUCGCCCUCGACCUCGCCCGCGACAUGCUGCAGGCUAACCCCAACAACUACGCCGUCGUCGUCAGCACCGAGAUGGUCGGCUUCAACUGGUACCCCGGGAAGGACCGCUCCAUGCUCAUCCCCAACUGCUACUUCCGCAUGGGCUGCUCCGCUCUCCUCCUCUCCAACCGCCGCCGUGACUACCGCCGCGCUAAGUACACCCUCGAGCACAUCGUCCGCACCCACAAGGGCGCUGACAAUCGCAGCUUCAGGAGUGUAUAUCAAGAAGAAGACAGCGAGAAGCACAAGGGGAUAAAAAUCAGCAAAGAUCUUGUAGAAGUCGGAGGCGACGCGAUCAAGACGAACAUCACAACGCUGGGCCCGCUAGUCCUGCCUUUUUCGGAGCAGCUCCUCUUCCUGUCGACGCUGGUGUGGAAGACGGUGCUCGGAAACGAGGGGGGCCAGCCGUACAUCCCGGACUACAAGCUGGCGUUCGAGCACUUCUGCGUGCAUGCAGCGAGCAAGACCGUGCUGGACGAGCUGCAGAGGAACCUGAAGCUGAGCGACAAGAAUCUGGAGGCGUCGCGCGCCACACUGCACAGGUUUGGCAACACCUCCAGCAGCAGCAUAUGGUACGAGCUGGCCUACCUCGAGGCCAAGGAGCGGGUCAGGAGAGGGGAUCGAGUCUGGCAGCUGUCGUUUGGGUCGGGUUUCAAGUGCAACAGCGUCGUCUGGAAGUCGCUGAGGAGGAGCCGGAGGCCGGAGAGUGGCCCCUGGCUCGACUGCAUCGAUAGGUAUCCGUUGCAGGGGAAUGGGGAUUUUUAGAUGUUUUGGUUUUCUUUAACAUAUGUUACACUAUUCCAAUACUUAACGCAAGGACGUUGUGUUCCAAUUUUUUCCUGGUGCAUAAUUUAGAUAAUUUUGUUA